AGCGAGCAGCUUGCUACUCGCGAGGACGUUGUGUCCUCUCUUCUGGACUUGAGCAUGCUCCAGGCUCGUCAGGAGCGACUCACCCUCCAUGUCGCUGCACUGCGUCGCCUUCUCGCCAUCCUCUCUGACCCUGAUCGCACCCUCCCGAUCAUCCCAGUACGACUCGGGACCUUCACGAGGGUGUACCCAGCACUGUGGGAUUCUGGUUCUCACGACGACUUCACUCACCCACGUGUGGUGAAAGAAACCCGCUUACCCACGACAGGGUCUCCGACUCCCAUCUCUGUUACCUUAGGAGAUGAUAAGACCCAACGCUUCUUCGAUCAGACGGUCACCGACCUCCCUUUCUUCCUCACUCUCGAGCUGACUGAUCGUUCCUCGGCGUCUCGUCGCCACCGCUCCUCUGCACAUUUCGAUGUGAUGAAAACGGGGUACGACUUCAUUCUCGGCACUCCGUGGUCUCGCCGAUUCCGCAGCACCGAGGCCGAUUGGGCGACCAACACUCUCGUUCUCAAAACGAAGUGUGGACAGACGUAUCGCGUACCUUUCGUAGGUACCACCGCGACACCGCCCCCCGAUCCUCCUCCCCCGGAGCCUUCCGUGCCCACACCAUCUCCUUCUAUCACUGUCACCUCGCCUCGGCAGUUCGCUCACUUCAUCCGACAGGACGACGUCACCUUCUUUAUGGUGAACGUGACAGAUCUCUUACACUAUGACCCACCCUAUCCCGACGCCGAGCUCAUCCCUCUCGAGCAAGACCCUCCUUCCAUCUCCUUGGCUCCCAUCUCUACUUCCGUCCCUCCGCCGUCCGUCGAGUCCACCCUGCCGUCGCGCGCUGACGCUGACGCUGAGGAACUCGCACGAUAUACAGCCGACUUGGAGCCCGCAGUUCGUGACCUCAUUCGAGAGUACCACGACGUUUUCCCAUCGCUGUUCUCGUACGCUGGCAUCCCACCGAUGCGCGACGUCGAACACUCCAUCCAGCUUGUGCCUGACUAUUGUGUUCACCACCAGGCACCCUACAGACUCUCGAUCCUCGAGGUCACCGAACUCAAGCGUCAGCUUGAGGAGCUCCUGAGACUGGGUUUCAUUAAACCCAGCAACUCCCCGUGGGGUGCACCCGUCCUCUUUGCUCGCAAAGCGGAUGGAACUCUCCGUCUCUGUAUCGACUAUCGCGGCCUCAACCGCUACACGGUUAAGAACAACUACCCAAUGCCUCUUUCCGACGAGCUGUUCGACCGCCUAGCAGGCAACCGCUUCUUUACGAAGAUUGAUCUUCGUAGCGGUUACCAUCAGAUCCGCGUCGCUGCAGCCGACCAGCCGAAGACAGCGUUCCGAUCGCGCUUCGGCUACUACGAGUUUACGGUGAUGCCAUUCGGCCUCACCAAUGCACCCGCCACCUUCCAGAGGGCGAUGAACGACAUCUUCAGGGACAUCCUGGAGCAGUACGUUCUCGUCUACCUCGACGAUAUCCUGGUCUACAGUCGUACCCUUGAGGAGCACUUAAGGCACCUCCGCGGCGUCCUUGACCGCUUGCGCAGACAUGGCUUCUACGCCAAGCUGAGCAAGUGCCGCUUUGCCCAGCACAAAGUGGAUUUCCUAGGACACUACGUGUCUAACCAGGGUUUCCACAUGGACGACGCGAAGAUCACUGCUAUUGCGGAGUGGCCCGCUCCCACAUCCGCCAAGCAGCUUCGCAGCUUCCUAGGCCUGACCAUCAACUAUAGUAAUUUCAUCCGGGGAUACGCGAGGUAUUCCUACGUCCUUAUCUCCACCCUCCUCCGGAAGAACCCACCCUGGGCUUGGACACCCCUCUACGAGGACGCCUUCCGUGCCCUCAAGAAGGCGGUGACAUGCGCACCGGUUCUUCACCUACCCGAUUUUGAUCGCCCUUUUAUCCUUACCACCGAUGCGUCAGACUUUGUUGUAGGAGCAAAGCUUUCUCAGGUCUUCCCCUCCUCUCCUGAUUCCUCUCAUCCUCGUAUCCCUCGCUUCCCACCACCUACCCCUACCACUACUUCCCGACUGACGCCUACUCGUCCAGCUACUGACGAGUCUUCUAUUGACUAUUCUCCUACCAUCGUCGAGGACGGCACUGUCGAGUCUCGCUCAGGUGAUUGUCCGAUAGCUUUCUACUCCCGUCAGCUCCUGCCCGCCGAGAUAAACUACACUGCUGAUGAACGUGAGGUUCUCGCAGUAGUUUAUGCCGCUCGGCACUUGCGUCACUACCUGCACGGGGCACUAUUCACGGGUGCUGCUGCUGCGGCUGCGCGACCUCGUGACCAGGCUGCUCACGGGGUGCUGUGCUAUAGGGACAGCGGAGGGGUGGACGGUGGUGGAACGAAGGCAAGCAGGAGAGGAGUGAGUCAUGGCGCGACUCCACGCUUGGUGCAUCUAGAACGGGAAGGAAGUAACGCAGAGUGGGAUUGAAGUGCCCGAGAGAGGGGCGAGACCUAGAAAAAAAAAUAAAUAAAGAGAGCACGAAUCG